UAAAAUUAGAGCAGAAAUUCACCUAACCUUUUCAUCAACUAAACAAAGAUGCAAGGUUUAAAAUAUCUGGUCCUUCUGGUGUGCAUCAAUUUUGCUGCCACAGUUGGGCUUUGUAUGGGGAAAUCUUUGGGUAAAAUCCCCCAGCUGGAAGAUACCAAGUUCAUUCAGGCUGAGGAACAAUACCUUGAGGAAGAAGACACCAUGAAUUCUAAGUUGGAGAGCUUUUUGGGGUUCAUGAAGGAGGAUUUUUUAAGGAAGCUGAAUUUAUCAGGUGUGCCGCAAGAGCACAGGAAGGUUCAGCCUCCUCAGUUCAUGAUAGAACUCUACAAUAAGUAUGCUUCUGAUAAGACUUCCAUCCCUCGGUCUGAUGUCAUUCGGAGCUUCGUCAUACAGGAUGUGACAUACUCUGUUCGACAUGGCAACAAAACAAAACACAGACUGCUAUUCAACGUUUCUAUCCCAAAUCACGAAGAGAUUACAUUAGUACAACUAAGGCUAUUCACUCUCUGGGAAAGAGGUAAAACCACCAGCAACAACCUCUUCACUUCCAUUAAUGUUUAUGAUGUACAAUAUGGACAGAACACAAACAUUUUACACCUUCUGGAUGAGAGAGAUGUAACUGAGGCCAAAAACACAUGGGUGGCCUUUGAUGUGACUAGGGCCAUCCGGAGCUGGAAUGAAUGUGGACACUGGGCAGGUGAGCUCCAGAUAGAGAUCGAACAAGACAGUGAGUCUCUUAAAGAUGGAUGGCUUGAGAUUAACCUGGGUUUAGAAGACAACACUUCAGCGGUUUUAAUUGUGUUUUCGGAUGAUCUUGGGAAUAGAAUGGGAGAGUCAAUGAAAGAAGUGAAGGAGAUGCUUCUUCAUGAGAAAGAAGGGGUAUUAUUGGGUAAUCAUGUUCUUGUGGACCAGCACCCGAGGAGAAAGAGGAAAGCAAAGAACAAUUACUGUCGGAGAACAUCACUGAAGGUGAACUUCAAAGACAUCGGAUGGGAUAAAUGGAUUGUGGCCCCACCCGAGUAUGAUGCUUAUGAGUGCAAAGGGGUGUGCUAUUUUCCCCUGACAUAUGAUGUAAGCCCCUCCAAACACGCCAUCAUCCAAACUCUAGUUAAUCUGAGCAAUCCGAAAAAGGCAAACAUGGCAUGCUGCGUCCCAACCAAGCUGGACCCGAUUACUGUCAUGUACCAAGAGAAAGGUGUCAUCACGGUGCGACAUCUCUAUGAGGAGAUGAAAGUGGCAGAGUGUGGAUGUAGGUAGUGUUUAGCUGCUUACAGAUCUGUAUAAAAUAUUUUUGUAACCUAAGCCUUUUUUUAUCAUUUCCAUCUGUCAAAGUUAUAAUAUUAAACAAGAUAAAUAAUGAUUUUUAAAAACCUUAAGUUACACUGUAGGGGUUUAAGUCAACUGCCAUAACUUAAUUUUUAAAUAGUAUUGUGUUUUUUAUUUCAUUUAAGAUUACUUUAACUGAGAAUAUAGGUCUAAUCUAUACCUUAAAAUUUUACUCUUUCUUCUCUUCUGUACAUCUCCUGUACUCUCCUGAGCCUACAAAAAUUGGCUUUGUUGUUGUUGUUUUUUAAAUGAGAUGUGUAUAUAAUCAAUUGUCUUCACCAACGUACUCUAUUGAUAUGUAUUUUAGUAUAUAUAUUUUCAUAUGAAUUUUUUAUGUUGUCUAAAUCAGGGGUUUUCAAACCAGGGUUCAGGGACCCCCAGGGGACCGCAAACGGGUGCUAGGAGGGUUGUGGAAAAUUUAAGAGAGAAAAAAAACAAUUCUCUUCAUGUUUAUUCAUCUAACACUAUUCUGAUAGUGGGUAGAAAAACACUGACAACUUACAGUACAACUUACACACAAAGUAAAUGCGUUCCAGAUUUUUUUUUUUUUUUUUUAUGCUUUAGCACAAUGACAGUAAGUCAAUUAAUUAAUUUCGCAAACACCAUUUUGGCUUAUAAUACCACACUUACUAUUGUUCUCACAUGGUUAAAUGGGACUCUAUUCAUAAAAAUAAAAAGCUGCUUUUAUAUUUUAAGAAGAGGUUCAUAAUGGGGGUCUUUGGCAUCAAAACAUUUGAAAAACCCUAAAAACCUAAUUGAUUGUAAUUUGUUUUAGCUUUAACAAAACAUUCCCACUAUUAAAAUAAAAAUGCAAUUGCAAGGAAUCAUGUAUCAACAACUAUUUCAAGUAAUUUCAGUUACACUGUAAAAACAUUGGGCAAGCUCAUUUGAGGUGUGCGAUGAGUGCGCUCUACUGGUGGAGCUUUUCAGUUGGUUAAAGCAAUUCAAAGGUUUCAGAUCCUAAUCUAUAGUGCAUUCAGUUUUACAAUGUUUUGCGGGGGAUGUUUGUAACAUUGAAAAUAUCAAAAUGAAUAAGAUGCAUAAUCCUCAAACAAUAAAGAA